CAGUUUUCGCAUUCAUUGACGCCGUCGAGUCGUUUCGUUCCUCCUAGUCUUUGUGAUCGACUGUGCGUAAUUUAACACCAGGCAAAUUCAUUUUCCAAUCUAAAAACUAAAGUCAUUAUACUCGUGCGUUGAAAUCGGAAGGUGAUCUGUUAUUUCGCCAUCGGUUCUUUCACUCCUACAAAUAUUUCGUGAAGUUUUCAGUGAACUGCAACAGACUCUUUAAUCACUCGGUCGUUCGUCGUGCCUUUUUUGUUGGUUCCGAUUGAAGCUUGAAAUAUAGAAGCAAAAUGGUUGCCCUUGUGAUUGAAGAACAUCCAGUACCGGCAGUAGAGAAGAACAUCCCGGUGUCAGAGCGGGGAUUUAAAGUUCUCUUCUUUUUGCUGUCGUUUUGCAAUUCAAUCAUGGCGUUAUUCAUUUUCUUUGCACGGCCCCUAUCCAGGGAUAUGGAAUAUGUGGUGGAUUUGCCGUUUGAGAAGUUCGAGGUCCUAAACGCAAUUGAAUUGAGUUGCGGAUUCCAGCUGAUUCUAUUGGCGGUUGUUUUUUAUGUUUUGUAUGCAGUAAACAGAGAAAUCAAAAGGAAAAUGGCUCCAGUAAUUGCUUUAGUACAGAUAUCCGUAGCUUUGCAUGCACUGUUUCUCAUCGCGUUCUGCAAGUAUUCGAUUUCUGCACUUCAGAGCAAGCUGGAUGUUCAUUGUCGCGAUUCGACAAAUUCAGAUGAGCUUCUUGGAUUAGGAAUGUGCUCUAAAGAUUACAUCAGCAAUCAGUUCACAUUUUAUGCCGUAAUGAUUGUUUUUGGAAGGGUAGUCGUUAUUUUUCAAGGGGUUAGUGCUAUUUUUUUGUACUAGUAUUGAGUAACAACUAUUUUUUGAAUUUUCUGUUCUCCAACUUAAUUUUUUGACUCUGCCCCACCCGCUCUGCUCUUAAAACGUUGGUUUCGCUUCUCCUUAUAUCGCCUUAUAUUCCCUAUUGUCAUAUUAUCCUAGCAUACUACUCUCCCUAGUAUAUCAGUUCAAAAUUGUUCUGCGAUUACUUUCACUGUCGUUCAUUUGAAAUUAAAUCCUUCGUAAUACAAACCAGAA